ACUCGCUCCGAUCGAAAUGGCUAACGCUCUGCGGGAAUUAUCGGAAAUUUGUAGAUUUUGUUUGUGCCAAAACGAAAGAUUGCUCCUACCGAUUGCGAAAACAUUGGAUAAACUGUUGACAAUCGAAGAUAUUGAGCGGUUUUCAGGAAUUCAGUUAUCCACCACUUCGUACGCAAUAUGUCUAGAAUGUAUAAACAAGCUGAAAAUGUCGGCCGAAUUUCGAAUUCUUUGCCUAAGCAACGACUCCCGUUUUCAAAUGUUACGCAGUAUGCUUAUGGAAUGUACUGAAAGUCCAAAAAAUGAAGCUAUUGAAUGUUUAGAAUUGUUAGAUGAUGAUAUAGAUAUGUUGAAAUUCGAAUGCUCCGAAGAAAAUGACACAGAAUGCAGCUAUGACGGAUCCUUUUUUACCAAAACCAUCGACCAAGAAAACUCGUAUGCAGAAAAGCACACGGCGCGCAGUCAAAAAAGCUUCAACACAGCCUGUGACGAAAUAAACUCAUCGAAGGACUAUUCCGCGAACUACAUUGAACCAGGCGUAGCAUUAGUGUCGGAUGAGGAGGAUAUCGACCCAAAGGAUUCGAUAUUUACCCCAUUAAAUCCAACUUAUCCGCUAGUGGAUCCACUUGUACCAGUGCGUGGAAAGCGAAAAUUGCAUCUGUGUAACAUAUGUGGUAUUUUCGUAAAGCACAUCCCGAAACACAUUAUCAAUCAUGACGAUGAUAUCGCGGAAGCAUGUCCUCAUUGUCCCGUGAAAAUGAAACAAAAAGCUAACUUAGUGGCACACAUCAGAACGGUACACCUAAAAACGAUUGGCAAAACGUGUGAAAUAUGCGGCAAAGGUUUUGUGCAUCAUAAAACGUACCGCUAUCAUAUGACAUCUCAUCAGGACGAAGGAGAAAUAUUCGAAUGCAAGGCAUGCUCAAAAACUUUCAGUCACUCGAAUGCCUUAAAGGAUCACUUUAACAGGCUUCAUAAUAUUGCGAGAAAACAAAAAUGAACUACAUUUUGAAGCAGAACAUUGAGAAAAACAUCACCUAGUGCUUGCUUACUUUGGAUCGCAAACUGAGACUGAAUAUGAUGUGACGGAAUUGGAUGAAAACGACCUACGACCUACGACGAUUUUACUGUGCACUACAUUCGUUCAUGGCACUAUAGGGUCUCAUAAUGCGGUGGUGCAAGAUAGCUUCGAGUUUUAGAAUUUUCGGUAAACCUUUCCUUUCCUACACCGUAGCGAGUAGAGGGAACAUUACAUACCAUGUGGAAAGGAAACCAUUACCAAGUGUCGUUCGCCAUUAGAAUAGCGAUCGUUGCGAUUAAGUGAUUAUCGAACGCAUACGAUAGCUCUCGAAAGUGUUUCUAAAUAUUACUAUUUCAUUCCUGUUUUGGAUUUUCUUUUGUGAGUAGAAAAAAAUUUUGGCAGUCUAUACUAACCAGAGAACUUAAUGUACACAGUUAUUCAGAGCUAUCUAUUACUUAAUGUACCCCGAUAUCCAUAGGUAACUGUUCCAAAAGGUAGAAUUACUAUAGCUAUCUUCAUUACAACUAGGCGGCUGGGCGCUUUUGAGGACAGCAUUGAAGUCUUCUAUAUGUAAAAGGAUACUUUCGAUAUUUAUCGCUGGAAAUAUACAGCUUGCAUUAACAUUAUAUUACAUUCACGCGGCAUAAUUUCUAUUGUCAAAUUAGUUUUGGAUACUCAGAAUUCACUUUGAAACAUAUUUAAUAAACGAGGAGCAGUG